AUGUCUAAUGUGCUACUUUGUAAAUAUUGUGUAGCCCCUGUACACGUCCAAGCAGCCCUUCUACACAAGGAAGCUCCCGAUUUCCCGAUAAGGAAGUCUUUACUGGUGGAGCAGAGCGACAUGAAGAUAGAACUGCUGCCAGCCCUCACUGACAACUAUAUGUACCUUCUCAUUGAUGAGGAGUCAAAGGAAGCUGCCAUCAUAGACCCAGUUGAACCAGUGAAGGUAUGAAAUUAAAUAUAGCCUGCUGUGUGUUAGUUAACAUUAAAGUAAUGUUUGAAUGAAUUUAGUUUUGAUGGAUCAACAAUAGGAUAUUAUGUAUAUAAAAUGUAUAAUUUGAUUGUCUCUUCAGGUUGUAGAAGCUAUCAGAAAGCACGGCGUGAGACUUACGACCGUUCUGACCACCCAUCACCAUUGGUAAAUCAAGUUGUCACUCAUUGUUUUGAAUAUCACUCAGUACAAAUGACUCAACGAAAUUACCAUUGUGAGCAGUCCAAUAACACUGAGAUUAGAUAUACCGGCAUUAUAGGAUUUCUAUGUACCAUGUGUUGUCUCUCUCUCCGCAGGGACCAUGCGGGAGGCAAUGAGAAGAUGGUGAGGCUGGUGCCUGGUCUCACUGUGUACGGAGGAGAUGACCGGGUGGAUGCCCUCACUAAGAAAGUAAAACACUCCAACACAUUCAAAGUAAGGCCUUAUACCUGAGUAACUACCAGCAGAAUAACCUAUGUAAUAACCAUAACAGGCCUAAAACAGAACACCUGUCUAUUUCAUUGCCAGGUUGGCUCACUUACCGUCAAGUGUUUGUUUACGCCAUGCCACACCACUGGCCACAUCUGCUACCUUGUGACCAAAGACAACAGCACUGAGCCUCCAGCUGUCUUCACAGGUAAGCUGCCAGUAUCUUUCCAAUUUGCAGUGGUGGAAAAAGUAUCCAUUUACAUUUUAGUCAUUUAGCAGACCCUCUUAUCCAGAGCGACUUACAGUUAGUGAGUGCAUACAUAAUUUUUUUAUUUUUCAUACUGGCCCCCCGUGGGAAUCGAACCCACAACCCUGGCAUUGCAAACGCCAUGCUCUACCAACUGAGCUACAUCCCUGCCGGCCAUUCCCUCCCCUACCCUGGACUACGACAGAGCCUGGAUUCGAACCAGGAUCUCUAGUGGCACAGCCUUAGACCACUGCGCCACUCGGGAGAUUUGUCAUACUUGAGUAAAAGUAAAGAUACCUUAAUAGAAAAUGACCCAGUAAAAUCCUACUUGUGUAAAAGUAUUUGGUUUUAAAUAUACUUAAUUAUUAAAAGUAAAUGUAAUUGCUCAAAUAUACUUAAGUAUCAAAAGUAAAAGUAUAAAUCAUUUAAAAUUCCUUAUAUUAAGCAAACCAGACAGCACCAUUUUCUUGUUUUUUAUAAUAAUAAUAAAUAAUAAUAUGCCAUUUAGCAGACGCUUUUAUCCAAAGCAACUUACAGUCAUGCGUGCAUACAUUUUUGUGUAUGGGUGGUCCCGGGGAUCAAACCCACUAUCUUGGCGUUACAAGCGCUGUGCUCUACCAGCUGAGCUACAGAGGACCAGGGGCACGCUCCAACACUCAGACAUCAUUUACAAACUAAGCAUGUGUUUAGUGAGUCUGCCAGAUCAGAGGCAGUAGGGAUGGCCAGGGAUGUUCUCUUGAUAAGUGUGUGAAUUAGACAAUUUUCCUGUCCUGCUAACCAUAUAAAAUGUAACGAGUACUUCUGGGUGCCAGGGAAAAUGUAUGGAGUAAAAAGUACCUGCUUUUCUUUAGGAAUGUAGUGAAUUAGAAGUUGUCAAAAAUAUAAAUAGUAAAGUACAGAUACACAACUGCCAAUUUAGUAAUCAAAACAAGCACAAAGGCUUCAGAAUUCAUAAAGGUCAUGUUAACUGACUGAUAUUCUCACAGAACAAAACAUAUAAGCUCUCCUAAGCCUGUGUUAACCUCAGACCUUAUUUUUGGUGUUUAUCCCAAAACCCCAUUAAUUUUCCCCCAAAAGAAUGGCUGAACGAACCAGAGGUACACUACAUGACCAAUAGUAUGUGGACACCUGCUUGUCGAACAUGUCGUUCCAAAAUCAUGGCCAUUAAUAUGGAGUUGGUCUCCCUUUUACUGCUAUAACAGCCUCAAUUCUUCUGGAAAGCCUUUCCACUAGAUGUUGAAACAUUGCUGCGGGGACUUGCUUCCAUUCAGCCACGAGCAUUAGUGAGGUCAGGCACUGAUGUUGGGCGAUUAGAUCUGGCUCACACUCUGCGUUCCAAUUCGACACUGUCUCGACAAACUAUUUCUGUGCACGGGGGCAUUGUCAUGCUGAAACAGGAACGGGCCUUCCCCAAACUGUUGUUACAAAGUUGGAAGCACUGAAUCGUCUAGAAUGUCAUUGUAUGCUGUAGCGUUAAGAUUUCCCUUCACUGGAACUAAGGGGCCUAGCCCGAACCAUGAAAAACAGCCCCAGACCAUUAUUCCUCUUCCACUAAACUUUACAAUUGGCACUAUGCAUUGGGGCAGGUAGCGUUCUCCUGUCAUCCGCCAAACCCAGAUUCGUCCGUCGGACUGCCAGAUGAAGCGUGAUUCGUCACUCCAAAGAACGUGUUGCCACUGCUCCAGAGUCCAAUGGCGGCAAGCUUUACACCACUCCAGCCGACGCUUGACAUUGCGCAUGGUGAUCUUAGGCUUGUGUGUGGCUGCUCGGCCAUGGAAACCCAUUCAUGAAGCUCCCGACAAACGGUUAUUGUGCUGACGUUGCUUCCAGAGGCAGCUUGGAACUCUGUAGUGAGUGUUGCAACUGAGGACAGACAAUUUUUACACGCUUCAGCACUUGCCGGCCCCUUCGCGGCUGAGCCGUUGUUGCUUCUAGACGUUUUCACUUCACAAUAACAGCACUUACAGUUGACCGGGGCAGUUCUAGCAGGGCAGAGAUUUGACGAACUGACUUGUUGGAAAGGUGGCAUCCUAUGACGUUGUCACUGAGCUCUUCAGUAAGGUCACUCUACUGCCAGUGUUUGUCUAUGGAGAUUGCAUGGAUGUGUGCUCUUUGUAUACGCCUGUCAGCAACGGGUGUGGCUGAAAUAGCAGAAUACACUAAUUUGAAGGGGUGUCCACAUACUUUUGUGUGUGUAUAUAUAGUGUAACUCAUUUCUGGGUUUUAUAAAGCUAGGCGAACUCUAGUGAAGUCUGAAUAGACUCGUCGUAAUACAGUUCCAGUCACAGGGGACUUCAAUCUCUUAAACAGUUCUGAUCAUUAAACAUGAGUUACCUAAGAGUAAACCUACAGUAGUUAUCUAUGUAUUAUUAAAUCAGCAGAUUUUCAUGGAUGACCUUUGACCCUUUAUCUUCCUGUUUAGGGGACACGCUGUUUGUGGCUGGGUGUGGGAAGUUUUUUGAGGGUACAGCUGAACAGAUGUACAGGGCAUUGAUAGACGUGCUGGGACGCCUGCCACCUGAAACAGUAAAUCUACCGCUAUCACUUUGUGUUAAACAUGACCAACUUCAAUAUAUGAUAACUUUCUUUACAUGUAAUGACCGCUAAUGGAUUAACAUUAUUCAGUGUCUGUCUUAUAGGUUAGAAAAGGUCCGUUAUUAUUACAUUAAAUGUGACCAAGCACGUGUGCUGAUAAACUCUGUAGUGUUAAAUUCUAACACUACAGAGUUUGUCAGCACACGUGCUUGGUCACUCAGCAGAUGGGAACAAUGGUGUGUUUGUGUUCCAGCGUGUUUACUGUGGUCAUGAGUACACCGUCAACAAUCUGAAGUUCGCUCGACAUGUGGAGCCUGACAACGAGGUCAUCAAGAAAAAACUAGCAUGGGCAAAGGUAUAUCUUGAUACAUUGUCUAUAUUUCAUUAAAGGCCCAGUGCAGUCAAACAUUUUCCUGUGUUUCUAUAUAUAUUUUCACACUAGGUUGGAAUAAUACUGUGAAAUUGUAAAAAUGAUAAUGCCCUUAGUGUAAGAGCUGUUUGAAAAGACUGUCAGAAUUUUUUUGGGUAGGAUGGAGUUUUGUCCUUCCAUGGUGAAAUCACCAUGCGGUAAAUUAGUUAGACCAAUAAGAAAGAGUUCCAAACCUCUCUGCCAAUAACAGCAAAUGUUCCGUUUUCCCCUCCCCACUCAGACCACUCCCAGACAGUCCUAGCUAAAGUAUUGUCAGUCCUAGAAAUUGCCCUUUUGUUAAGAAGCUAUUUUUGUCAAUUAAAAUCACAGUAAGGUACUUAAUUGUUACCAAUAAAUUAUAUUGAAAUUGCGAUGCAAACGGCUGCAUUGGACCUUUUAAUGUGUGUGAACGUUAAUAAUUAAGAUUGGCCAUGGCAAUCUUUUAAUGGAAUCAAGAAAGUUGAUUUUCUGCUUUUUAUUAAAUCCGUAGGAGAAGGUCAGUAAUGGAGAACCCACCAUCCCCUCCACUGUGGCUGAAGAAUUCAAAUUCAACCCCUUUAUGAGAGUCAAGUAAGGACAACUCUAAUGAUUCAGCCAUUUUUAAAAAGCACUCGCUCAUGUGGGCACAAGCAGCACUGAUCUUUAAUAUGAGCAUCAGACAAUCCACAAGUGCCCUCUUGAGCUUUGUGUCAUAGAGGAAUGCAGGGAAGAAGAGGAUUUUAGCAUGGAAAUGAAAGUGCCAAUGCUCACUGGGUGUGUGGUGAAAUCAUUUAAAGUCACAUCUUCCUUGCUUUCUAUUCCAGAGAGAAGUCGGUGCAAGAGCAUGCUGGGCAGAAUGACCCUGUUGAAACCAUGAGGAGUCUCCGUAAGGAGAAAGAUGGCUUCCGGGUCCCCAAGGAGUGA